AGCUUUUUAGCGUACCACAAAAUUCAACGGAACUUCUUCCCCCACUACAUUUUCUUGACGCUGCCGCUGGUUUCUAGCGUCAAUGAAAUCGCACCUUUAUAAGUUAUCGUGCCAAAAUGCAGCUGCACGAGUUUUUGGCAGUGACUCACGAUAAAGACAAAUUAAUAAAUUAUUUAAUGGAACAUAAUGUGAUAAGCAACGAAAUAUAUUGUCCGAAGUGCAAUAAUAAAUUAAAGUUAAACAGAGAUAAUUUCUCAUUUCGUUGUCGGAAAGUAUUAUACGAGAAAAAUAAACAUAAAAAAUAUGUGAAGAAACAAUGCACAUUUAAAGGAAGUGUUAGAUUUGAUACAUGGUUCAGCAAAUCUAACUUAAGCCUGGAAACAAUAUGCAGGAUGACUGCAUAUUUUAUUAUGUUAAGACCUCCGAGACUUAUGUUUUUGUGCACAGAGUUACAACUUUCUCAGCACUCGGUUUUUGACUGGAUUUCUUUUUGCCGAGAAGUUUGCAUAUAUUGGGCCAAAAAGAACUCAACGAAACUUGGAGGGCCCAAUAUAAUCGUCGAAAUAGACGAAGCAAAAAUCGGCAAAAAGAAGUACAAUUGUGGCCGAAUAAUCGAGGGAAAGUGGAUUUUCGGUGGAUACGAACGUGGCACAAAAAAAAUUUUUAUUGUGCCAGUGCAAGACCGCACGGAAAAAACUCUGCUUGAGCUGAUCAAGGAGUGGAUUCUACCUGGGACGACGAUAAUGUCAGAUUGUUGGAAGUUGUACAACUGUUUAAACAGUGAAGGCUUCCAACAUCUAACAGAAAAUCAUUCGAUGAAUUUCGUCGACCUAGAUGCCGGAGCCCACACUCAGCAUAUUGAACGUGUUUGGAGAGAAGUAAAGGCUAAUAUCCCACAGUAUGGAAUGCGUUCUUCGCAUUUAGUGGGAUAUUUAGCUGAAUAUUUCUUCAAACGUGUUCAUGCUUAUGAAGAUCGCUUAAGCAGUUUUUUCCGUGCAAUUGCGGAAUUGUGUCCACCGAAAACUGUGGACGAUGAAGCAGAUGUCUCGGAGGCUACAUAAUUACAAGUUUAAGUUAGAUCUGCUAAACCAUGUAUUAAAUCUAACACUUUCUCUAAAUGUGCAUUGUUUCUUCACAUAUUUUUUAUGUUUUUUUUUCUUAUAUAAUACUUUUCGACAACGAA